CACUGCAAGCUCUUUAUUUGGUGAGAAAUAUGUUCUGUUUAACAGAUGCAGUCUCUCCUGAUGCUCUGGCAGUGGGCCUCAUUGGUGCAACUGCUAUAAUGCUGACAUGGAAUAUCCCUUCUCAGACAAAUGGAAGAAUUUUAUCCUAUAUGGUGGAGUACAAAGAGGUUUGUCCUAUACAGCAAGCCGACUUCAUCCAAGUUUCAACAAAUGCAGACACUACAGAGUUUCUUCUCAACAAUCUAAAACCGGGCACAACUUAUAAAAUUCGGGUAAGACUGUUUCUUUUGCCGUAUUUUGUAAAGCGAGUCGCCAGCGAGUCACUGCAAAUUUUACUCGCAAUCUUCCUUUAUCACAAAGACUGCAUUGACAGAGACAAUGAGUUGGCUGAGAUUUUUGAGGAGGUUGCAGCUGAGAACAGUGCAGGCAUUGGAGCUUUUAGUAGCUUUCGUCAUGUGGUAACUGCAGAAACCACUCCUGGACAAGUUUUAUCUCUUACUGCAAAAGCAGUCAAUCACUCAGCUGCCAAUGUGACGUGGUUUUUACCUAAACGGCCAAAUGGAAGAAUUACACAUUUCAGCAUCAUUAUCAAGUCUGUGAGAACAGGACAGAUAUCAAAAAAUAUGUCAGUGAAUGGUGAAACACUUUUCCCAAGCACAUUACUGCAAUGUGAGGAUGGCAGUCCAACAGGUACCACCCCUGGAUCAUUGACUUCAUCUUCCCCUCAUCCAAGUAAUGUAUUUUUAGCAUCCACAUCAGGAUAUAUAAUACAUGAAGAUUUACCACCUGAGUCUGCCAGUAUUGUGGUGGGUCACCUGAAAUCCUACACCACUUACCUGUGUGAGGUAUCUGCAUUCACAAAGGAAGGAGAAGGCCAAGCAGCAAGUGCUCUAUUCAGAACCCCUGAAUGGAUUCCAGAAGAACCACCUCAAAACUUAAUUGUUAGUAAGAUUGCAUCAAGGUCGUUCAUGGUGAACUGGGAUCCACCACCAACAAUUACAGGAAGGCUCUUUUAUAGAGUUGAACUAGUGAACCCAUUAGGUAAGUGGUGUGAGUUUUACUUGUGUGUUCAAUUUACAACAUUUAAAUUAAUAUGGAAGAUAGAAUUGUAUGCUCUAAAUAUAUUGCAAAAAAUAGUUAAAUGUAAUUUUGUUUUGUAUUUAGGGCAAAUGUCCCAGAACAGCACCAGAGAGAUGGCAUAUAUUUUUACUAACCUGCUACCAUUUACAAAAUAUGAAGUGUUUGCAUUUGCUGAGACAGUGGUGGGAGCUGGACCAAAGACCAGUGUUAAAAUCACAACAUCAUCUGAAGUUCCAGGAGAAGUGUUUGAUUUAAAGGCAACAGAAGUUGAAAGCAAAUCAGCAAAAAUAAAAUGGGGAAAGCCUCGUCAACCAAACGGAAUAAUUAUUCAGUAUCAAAUCAAAAUCAUUCUAUUGGAGUCUCAACUAUCUGUACAAAAUAUAACCUUGACGGAAAAUCAUCAGGUACUAACUUCAUUAUAUUUCAGCAAUGAAAUUACCAACUCUACUGAAUCAAUAUAUCCUGGUACAUUGGUAACAGAAUCCAAUGCAUUGACUUUAGAGAAUGAUGUAGUCAUUAUUACAGACUUUGAUGAAGGCUCUGCUGAACUGUUUCCUGAAUCCACAUCUUUAGAGCAUGCAGUGACUUCAUCCACUUCUUCACCGAUUGAGAAAAGAAUCACUGUUAGUUCAGAACUAUCUGGAACAUCUACUAUUCAAGAGAAAAGCUUGUCUGCAUCUCUGCUUGGGCAACUACCAUCGCCCGAACAGAUAUUUCCUACCCCGCAAAUUUAUACCAAAACAGCACUCUCUAGUACAAUGCACUCAAUGCCUGCUGCUGGCUCCACUGUAUCCUUUACUAAACACACAACAGUCAGCCCCAAGGGGCCCCAUGAGACUCUUCCUACUGUCAACAUAGAUUUCCAGCUGAGAUCAUUAUUGCAUAGAAGAUCAGUUAUUCCAGUUGUCAAGGCAGGUGGAAUAUCCCUGCCUUCAAGUUCUUCACCAUUUCUUCCUCUGUGGAGGCUUCAGCAUAAUGGCCUUCAAAAUACCACUGAAGAGAGUGAAAUCAGCCUGCAGGUCAUUGACCCAACAUCUGAGCAGCUGUCAUACAUUGUAAGAGAACUUGUACCCUAUACUGAUUACAUUAUCAGAGUGUCAGCGUUCACCAUUGUUGGAGAAGGACCACCAAGCAGCAUUCCGUUAAAGACACAGCAAUAUGUUCCAAGUUCAGUGCGGAACGUAACUUUUAAAAAUCUCACUUCUACAUCAAUGCUGAUAUUUUGGGAUCCGCCUGCUAUGUUGAACGGCAUAAUAAGUCAUUACACGCUGUAUGCCAUGGAGCAAGGCUCAAAUGAGGCCUUCCAGAGAAUUGUGAUGAGCAACAACAUUACUCUAACAGGUUUGAAAAAAUUCACGGAAUAUAAAAUGAGAGUGACAGCAUCUACUUCUGUGGGGGAAAGUGCCGUCUCUGGGGAAGAUGAUGUGUUUGUACGAACUCUCGAAGAUGAACCAGAGACACCGCCUGAAAACGUAACCUUCAAUAAUGUCACAGCAACAACUGUUCACUUGAGCUGGUCACCUCCUGAGAAACCAAAUGGAAUUAUUAUAUAUUAUGAAGUCAUGUAUGUCAAUUAUACUGAUUCCUUUGUACUGAACAGUACAGCAACUAACACCUAUCUAGAAAACUUAAAGACAUUUUCUCCUUAUAACAUCUCUGUGAAAGCAUAUACCAAUUAUGGCCAUGGGAAUCAAACAUCUUUAACUGUAUUUCUGUGGACGGAACAAGGCGUUCCCGAUAAUGCACCAGAAAAUAUCACAUAUAGCUUUAUUGCUCCUCUGGAUGUUAUAAUAUCCUAUCUUCCACCUUCAACACCUAAUGGAAUUAUACAGUAUUAUACAUUGUACCUUACAGCCCAAAAUAAUAGUAAGCAGCUCACUGCUCACAGUACAAAUCUGUCCAUCACUAUAACAGACUUAAGUGCAAAUGAAAAUUACACUUUGAAAAUAUCAGCAAGUACAAGCAAGGGCGAAGGAAUUAAAAGUCAACCACUGUAUAUUUUGAUUGGGGAAGGUGUUCCUGGCUCCCCUCCUCAAUCACUCACAGCAAAGCAGUUGUCAUUUACCUCUGUGCGUUUGUCAUGGAAGCCUCCUUUGGAACCAAAUGGAAUGAUUCUGUAUUACACAGUUUCUGUAUGGAGUGCAACAACACAACUCGUUUUAAAUGUGAUGGAUACAUCUGCACUGCUGAAGGACUUGGAUAAUAUUGAAUACCAUGCUUUUGUAACUGCAAAUACUAAAUUUGGUGAUGGUGGAAUGAAAAGUAACAAUAUCACAUUUCGAACCUCUGAAAGUUCGAACCCUGUGGGCGCUAUCAACUAUGUUAACAGAAGCUCCACAUCCAUUCAAGUCUUCUGGAAUUAUCUAAUUAAAUCAAAUGGAAAUGUUCAAUUCUACACCGUUCACUACAGAAAUAUUUCAGGUGAUUUUACACAGGUAUGGCAUUUUCUUGCUUUUAGACAUAAUAGAAGGAACUUGGUCAAAAAUAAGAAGGCUGCAGCUGGUAUCAAGUGCAUCCCUGAGGAGCUAAGGGGUAAACUGAAAAAAGAGAUCAGAAGGAAUAUCACAGUAUUUGAACAAGACAGUAAUGGCGACAUUGCGAAUGUGUCGUUGAUUCUGGAUAAUUUGACCAAGUUCAGUCACUAUAAACUGUGGAUGAUCGCAUGCUUUUCCCUUGCAGAGGAAGUUCAGUCGAGUGAACUGAUUGAUGUAUAUACUGAUGAGGAUGUGCCAUCAGCUCCUCCACAAGACUUGGUGAUUAUAAAUGAUACAGCAGAUUCGGUCAUGGUUAGCUGGAAACCUAGCCCCAUGCCAAAUGGUCUUGUGGAGCUCUACAGUUUCAAAAUAAUUGACAACACAAAUGAAAGUAUUUAUUUUAAGAAUGUAUCUGGAUUAUUUCAUGAAGCAAAUCUCUCUGGCUUUGAAUCAUUGCAUGAAUAUUACAUCAGUGUAUCAGCUUUUACCAAAGUGGGAAAUGGAGAUCAAUAUAGUAACAUUGUAAUUUUCAAAACUAACCAAACAGUUCCAGAUGCCAUCCAAAAUCUUCGAUGUGAUGUAUCAAGUUGGCAAUCUAUCAUAGUCGAAUGGGAUCCACCCUCAAAUACAGAUGGAAUUCUCACUUAUUAUAUACAUGCAUCUGGGAAUAAUGUUCAAAACAUUUUGCCCAAAGAUCAUACAUAUACUUUUACAGAACUCCAAUCAAAUACUUCCUAUCAGUUCAGUAUAACAGCCGUUAACUCUCUGGGCCAAGGAGAAAGCAAAAACUGUACACUCACUACAUUAGCAGAAGCAGUCCCAAGUGCUCCUCAGAAUCUCAAGGUAAUUGAUACUCAAUCAACCUUGGUUAUUUUGAGGUGGGAUCGGCCGGAUAUUAUACCUGGCCUUCUAAGGUUUCUCAGGAUCAACCUUCAACUACGCUCUGACUCUUGUAUGGACUGGGAAACUGGUGAAUGCAUCAAAGCUCAGAAAACGGAAGAUUAUGAAAUUGAUAAUGAUAAUCAUACACUGGAGACAAUUAUAUCUAGUUUAGAGAAAUCGCGAUGGUACAGGUUUAGGUUGGCUGCUGGUACAAAUGCUGGUUUUAGCAACUAUUCCGAUUGGAUUUCAGCAAAGACGGCUAUUGGCUAUGCGGAUGGCCCACCAGAAAAUGUAACUGUUAUGGUAAAAUCGUAUAAUGUUAUUGAAGUAGCCUGGGAAAUACCUGCAGAUCCACCUUCCUAUCUUAUUGAUGUAAUACUGACAGAUAGUGGGUAUACCAAUAUGACCAUUGUUAGAACAGAGAAACAAAAUAAAACCUGUGAGAUAUCUGGUUUACGGGCAUUCACAAAUUACACGAUAAUCAUCAUCGCAUUCACGGGAGGAGGAGAAGAAGCCCGAAUCAAUGGCAAAGCCAGUGAACCAAUCAUCGUGAGGACCUUUGAAACUCUGCCUGAAGAUGCACCACGGAAUUUUACCCUUCAAAAGAUACCAGAUGAAGUGACAAAGGUCUUUGCAUCUUUCCUGCCACCAUCUAUGCCAAAUGGUAAUAUUCAGGGAUACCAGGCUGUCAUUCACAAAAAAGGAGAAACGUCUGAAAGAGUAAACAAUCUAAAGGUUGUGGACGAAAACCAAUCAUUCAGUGCUGUCAUAGAAGGUUUAAGAGGUGGAAACACAUACACCAUAUGGGUCCGUGCUGUUAAUGGAGCUGGAAUUGGGCCUCGGACAUCAGAACAGAUAGUAACCAUGGAUGUAAAAGCUCCACCUAAACCAAACCUUAAACCAAUUCCUGCUUUAGAUAAAAAUGGAAUAUUACAAGCCACAUCGACGACCAUUACAAUCAGAAUGCCUGUGUGUUUCUUCACAGAUGAACAUGGAUCCAUCGAGAACAUCCAAAUAAUUGUGACUGAAAUAAGAGCUAUGAAUGAUAAGAAUAUUUCUACUUGGUAUGAAGCUUACGUGAGAAAGCCAAAGCCAUACUUUGCAAAUGCAGGCUUUACAAACCCCCCAUGCAGCAGAACAACCACUUACAGACAAAAUGGUAAUGUAGAAACAUACACCAUUGGAGCUGAAAAAUCAUGUCGAGGCAAUCCAGAGAAAAUUUGCAACGGCCCUCUGAAGAGUGAUAAAGAAUACUUAUUCAAAUUUCGAGCAACAAACUUUCAAAAACAGUUUACUGAUUCCGAUUACUCUGAUCCAAUCAAAACCUUAGUUGAAGGUUUGUCAGGAAGAAAGAUUGAAAUAAUCCUUGCAGUGACUUUGUGUGUGCUUUCUGUCAUUCUCCUUGUGAUUGUUGGCUAUGUGAUUGCAAGAAUCAAACAAAAGCAGAAGGAAGGAGGAACUUACUCUCCAAGGGAUGCUGAAAUUAUUGACACUAAAUUCAAACUGGACCAGAUGAUUGCAGUGACGGACCUGGAACUAAAGGAGGAGAAGCUGACACGAUUGCUCAGUUAUAGGAAAUCUCUCAAGCCCAUUAACAAGAAAUCAUUCCUGCAACAUGUGGAAGACCUGUGUGUUAACAACAACCUGAAAUUUCAGGAAGAAUUUGCGGAUCUCCCCAAGUUAGGCCAAGAACUCACAUCAUCUGAUGCUGAUUUGCCUUGGAACCGGACCAAGAAUCGCUUUGCAAAUAUAAAACCAUUCAGGCAUAACAACCGAGUGAAACUCAUGCUUGAGGCUGGAGUCCCAGGAUCUGAUUUCAUCAAUGCUAGCUACGUGUCGGGUUACCUCUGCCCAAAUGAAUUCAUUGCAACUCAAGGUCCCUUACCAGGAACAGUGGCAGACUUUUGGAGAAUGAUUUGGGAGACAAGAUCCCAAACUAUUGUUAUGUUGACACACUGUUUUGAGAAGGGCAGAAUAAGGUGUCACCAAUAUUGGCCUGAGGACAACAAGCCAGUAACUGUAUUUGGAGAUAUUGUGAUCACUAAACUAGCAGAAAACAUACAAUCAGAUUGGACCAUCCGAGAACUGAAAAUUGAAAAGUAUGGUGACUUUAUGAUGGUGACACAUUUCAACUUCACAUCUUGGCCUGAGCAUGGUGUUCCUGAAACCAGCACAGCUUUGAUUCAUUUUGUGAAGCUAAUUCGAGGAAACAGAGCCAAUGAUAAUACUCCUAUUGUUGUCCAUUGCAGUGCUGGUGUGGGGAGGACUGGUGUCUUUAUUGCCCUUGAUCACCUUAUACAACAUGUGAACCACCAUGACUUUGUGGAUAUCUUUGGAUUUGUGACAGAUUUGCGAGGUGAACGAAUGUGCGUGGUCCAGAACUUGGCUCAGUAUAUGUUCUUACAUCAGUGCGCUUUGGAUCUAUUGAAUAACAAAGGAAACAGUCGUUCACUGUGGUUCGUAAAUUAUGCUGCUUUACAAAAAAUGGACUCUCUAGAUACGAUGGAAGGUGAUGUGGAGUUGGAAUGGGAAGAAACAACCAUGUAAUUCUUACAUACUGCUGAAGACAUUAAUAACGUUUCACUAAACUUACUUUGAGCAAUUAAUGUAAGAGCUUCUACAAGCAAGGGCCAAAAUUAAUCUGUAGAUAAUCAAUGCUGAAUUACCCGAUGGAAUACUUUCCCACCAUUGCUUUUAUCAAAUGUUUCUUGGCACUUUUCCAUUUGGCUUGGAUGGAUAAUUCCAUAUAGAGUACUGACUUUCCUCACUUAAUAUAGCUAUUGCACAUUGCUAGGGUUUAUUUUACUUGUACUGCAUACGUUGUAGCUUUGCAAUUUUAAUGUAAAGUGAGCCAAAUAAGAUGUAACAUUUUAUUUUUCAUGGCACCGAGUGGCUUUGGUGCAUAUAUGCAAGAUUGUAGUGUGCUUUUUGUUGUGCAAAUAGUGUCUGGUUUUAAAGUAAAUAUAUUGUAUUUAAAGUAUGCACAUUAUUGCAUUUUGCAAUGUUUUAUUAUUCCUCCUGUAUUAUCUCUAUUUCUGAUCCAAUGUUCUGCACUAAAACGUUGGCUUUUGGAGUCGGUAGUUGAACUCGGUCUUCACUGGCAGAACAGUCUGUGAUCCUGAACAGCUGAACACUCACCUCUCUGACACCACAGAGAUUAUUCUCUUACUGCAGUUCAGACAGUAGCUCUUCAGGGACCCUCUGCUGUUUAUACUCGCUGCUCCACACCAGCUCAGACAAAGUUAUCAGAUUGGCCCUUGCUUUUAUCUUGAUGAAGUUCCAUUCUGUAGUUCCAAGGAGUCUUAUUACUCUGCUCAACACUGAAGAAACUAAUGUAUUGAGGAAACCAAUCCCUUUCACAAUUCUUUAGCAUUGUCAAACAAAUUUACCACAACGCAAGUAAAAUAUAAACUUUAUAAACGGAACAAAAAAGUGUACGAAAUGGAACAAGACGAUCCAUCUACAGUGUAUAACACUCUUGUAUUAACUCCAAUGCAUCUGUACCAAAACAAGAUGAGCUAGGAAGAAGAAACAAGUAAGUGCAGAUGCUGGUUUAC